UUAGUCAAAUAGAAAGAAAAUAGCCCCAAAAAUCCAUUUGUCGGAGCAUCAAAAUCUCGCUCCCUCUAUCUUUGUUGCCGGGCCAUCUGCAGUUCGCAGCGUCGACGUCGCCGCCAUCUGUGUCUUUGCAUCUCCCUCUCACUCCACACCGCCUCACUCCGCCUCCCUCCGCCUCACUCCGCCAGAACACAUUAAUGGCUUCCCACCUGCUGAGGUGUGCCCUCGGAAGCCGCUCCAACUUUGCCUCGGCAUCGCCUGCUUCAGCGACAGCUCGACUUUUUUCGUCUGCCACAGCUCCGAUCCGAGCCACCCUCUUCCCUGGUGAUGGUAUUGGCCCUGAGAUUGCUGAGUCAGUUAAACAGGUGUUUAGAGAAGCUGAAGUGCCAAUUGAGUGGGAAGAGCACUAUGUUGGAGACCAAAUUGAUCCUAGAACACAGAGUUUUCUAACGUGGGAAAGUUUAGAAUCAGUGCGCCAGAACAAGGUGGGGUUGAAAGGGCCCAUGGCUACACCAAUUGGGAAAGGUCAUCGCUCUUUGAACCUUACUUUAAGGAAAGAGCUUAACUUGUAUGCAAAUGUCAGGCCUUGCUACAGUCUCCCCGGCUAUAAGACCCGCUAUGAUAAUGUUGAUCUCAUCACUAUCCGUGAAAAUACUGAGGGAGAGUACAGUGGACUUGAACAUCAAGUGGUGAGAGGCGUUGUUGAAAGUCUUAAGAUCAUUACUCGUCAGGCAAGUCUUAGGGUAGCUGAGUAUGCAUUUUUUUAUGCCAAGAUGCACGGCAGAGAGAGGGUAUCUGCAAUUCACAAAGCAAAUAUUAUGCAGAAAACUGAUGGUCUUUUUCUUAAGUGUUGCCGUGAAGUUGCAGAGAAGUAUCCUGAGAUUAAAUAUGAGGAAGUUGUCAUAGACAAUUGCUGCAUGAUGCUUGUGAAGAAUCCAGCUCUCUUUGAUGUGUUGGUGAUGCCAAACCUUUAUGGUGAUAUUAUUAGUGACCUGUGUGCUGGUUUGAUUGGAGGACUGGGCUUAACGCCAAGCCUCAAUAUUGGCGAGGGAGGUAUUGCGCUAGCUGAAGCUGUGCAUGGUUCAGCACCUGAUAUUGCCGGAAAGAAUUUGGCAAACCCGACUGCUUUGCUGUUGAGUUCUGUAUCUAUGCUCCGUCAUUUGGAGCUCCACGAUAAAGCGGAACGAAUCCAAGACGCCAUUCUCAGCACAAUUGCAGAGGGGAAAUACCGAACAGCUGACCUAGGCGGGAAGUCGUCAACCACCGACUUCACAAGGGCAAUUUGUGAUCAUCUUUGAAAAGAAGAUGUUUCAAAGGAUUUGAGUUGUGUAUGUAAAUCUACUUGUUCUUUUUUGUGACACUCGUUUUGGGGACAAUUUAAUUCGAUCGUAUUCCAGCUUUUCUUGAAGAGAAAUAAGACCACAUAUGGUCUUAACAAGAGAUUCGUCGUCUAGCCGUGAAACUUUCGGAGGGCAUUAAUGGAAUUGAUGCCGUCGCGAUUCACAUGUUUUUCCUAGUCGCUGGUGACACGUAAUCUGUAUAAUUGGUAUUCUUUGUCCAUAGUUGUAUGAAAUAAAUGAUUUAUGAUGUGGUACUCACAUUUAACUUAAAUAUUUUUCAAGGAUGAAGGAUCAAUAUAUUUCUUUUUUUAAGAUGAAAA